GUGUGGAAAAAAGACACAUUAUUCGCAGAGAAAGUUGGAACGGGCAGCGCAGGACGACCGACGAGUGUUGGACGAGAAAAUUAUUAGCCCCGUGGUGUGGAUUUGGGCGGCAAUGUCCGGCCCCGGACUAGGCGGAAGUACGUAGUGCGAAACGCGAGCUUCAGCUUGGACAUAUUUUCGACCCCGGGCAAACGCAGACAUGUCUGCCAACAAUUCAGUAAACGACGUGGCCAAACCGGCACCGCAAGCAGCUUUACCGAGUUCUCCACCAAACUCGAACUCCGGUUCGAUGAUCGACAGUCGGAACACCUACAAGAUUUCGCCCGUCAAAACCAUGUUGGCCGGUCAGCAGCAACAACAGCAGAGUCAAGACAUCGUCAAGAUACGACUAACCAAGGAUGAAAGUGGAAAAGGGCUUGGCUAUACAAAGUCCAUCAUCACCGGACCUCCACCACCAUCACUACAAUCUCCGCCGUCAGAUAAAACAGACAAUAAGCCUUCGCCACCAAAAUUGAGCAUCAACUUGGCUCAGCAGCCAACGUUACAGCUGAAAACCGCCCAAAACAAGAUCGUGCUGGUCAAGAUGCUGCCCAAAAUGCCCCCCAGCGGACCGCAAGUGGUUCCAGCUCCAUCGACACCGGUAGCUUCGCGAAGCAAUCUCUCGCCGACCACGUUGGCACUGGCCAGGGGCGUCCAAGGCUUGCGCCCCAUUCCGCCGGUAGCUUCCCCUCCGAGUGCCACGCUCACAUCGCCAACUGGUGCUGGCAAAACCCCGGACAAGAAGGAGCCGGAACCGGUCACGUCCGUAAGCAGCACCGUUUCGUUGACAUCCAGCAACCUGACGCUGACCACGUUGUCGACGACGAGCACUUCGACACCAUGUAAAUCGGAAAUAUCGGAAGAACCGACUCUGGAGCAAAUGGAAAGCUCUACGACGAUGGACGUUGACGUCGAGAACGACAGCAUCAACGCGAGCAGCGUGAAAAUGUCCCGCGAAAUGCGUUGCCUCAAGGCUUCCCAGAGCAACUCGAAAAUCUUGUCCGAGUUUAUGCAGGAUUCCUCGUCGGCGGACAAGCUCCGGAAGCGGCACCGAUCGCGCUGCGAGGGCGAGGACAGCCGUAGCUGUGGCAGUGUAACGCCGACCUCGCUCAAGCGGUACUCGCUGUCGGGUCGGGACGAGGAAGAUCUGGACGACAGCAAGGGAAGUCCGUCGCUCGGAACCAAGCGAACCGGAAUGCGUUCGGCGAACGUGGAGUUUUCGUUGAAGCAGCGCAAAUUUCUAAGUAGCAUUCACCAGCACAGCGACGGGUCGGAUGGGUCGGACAAUGAAGCCGCUGCACCGGAUGGGGACGAGACGACGGGUGGUGAUGCGCCAAAGGAGGAGAAGGUCGCGGCGGCGGGUCCUGCAUCGUUGGUGCCGGCUGCGCCAAGGGCUGGGUAUGACAAAUUUUGCUGGCGCUGCAAAACGUCCGAGCCGGGGCUGGAAACGUGCGCCGGAUGUAUCCGGUGCUUCCACCCGGUCUGCCUGAAGCUCAACCCGGCGUUUUUCAUCGUCGAGAAGAAGUGGAACUGCCCGGAGUGCAUCAAGCUGCAGCCGGCGAGUGACGAGCCGGCCAAGGACCGACUCAAAAUUGACAGCCUCACCGUGUCGCUCAAGUUUGCGCUGAAGCGGAUGCAGAUGCUCAAGGGGAGCAAUCUUUUUAACCCGCUGGAAAAGCAGCAAUUUCCGCAUUACGACGAGUACGUGACGAACCACAUGGAUCUGGAGAUGGUACAGAAGAGCGUCGCAGAGCGAAAGUACCGCACGACCGACGAGUUCAUGGCGGACGUAAGCUGGAUGCUGCACAACGCCUCUAUCUAUCCCAACAAUAACAAGCUGCUCCCGAUUGCGAAGGCCGUGGUGAAGGUCUGCAAGCAGGAAAUCAACGAGAUCGAGGCGUGCAACGAGUGCUACUUCAAUGCCAACACGUGCAAGUUGUGGUUCACCGAGGUGUGCACCAAGCCGCACCUGCUGGUUUGGGCCAAGCUCAAGGGUUUUCCCUUUUGGCCGGCCAAACUGAUGUCCGUCAACAGCAACCAGUUGGUGGACGUGCGCUUCUUCGGGGAUCACGACCGCGCCUGGGUCCCAAUUAAGGAGUGUCUGCUGUUUUGCGAAAAGGAUCCCAACACAAAGAUGCAACGCCGUACGAACAUGGCCGAAUGCAUGCGCGAAGCCGAGACUUACAUUGGCAAGCUGAAGCGCAAAUAUGGCCAGUUUCGCUACGCCGAGUUCCGGACGCAGGUUGAAGCCAAUCGGCUGGAGCAACAUCUGGAAGCGAUGAUUCCCGGGGUGUUGAAGCGAAUCAGCGAGAACGAAGACUCCCAGAAGACUAAGCUUAUGCUGCGAAUCAUCAAAACGGCCGAUAACUUCCUAUCGAUAUCGCCCCUAUCGGAAAGCCCUCCGUCGACAUCAACGCCAAAAGCGGAAAAAGUCGCCAACGAAACGUCGAGUCCGAAGCGGAAGUGCACGGAAAAAUCCACGGGAACUCCCAAGUCCGAGGACACCAGCGGCAUCAAGGAAGAAGUUCGUAACUCGGUUUCAACGCCCGAACCCAGCGAAAAUCCGGCCACGCGAACCACGCGAAAGCGCAAACGAUCCGGCAGUUUCGACGAACCUAAACCCAAGGAUUCUGCGGAAAAGGCUUCAUGGGAUAACCGAAGACGCAGCAGUCGGGCAACGUCCACCGUGCUGAACAAGACGAAGGAGGACGAUAGGAGUGGUGCCGCUACGCCGGAACCGAACGGGCCACGCUGCUACGCCAACAGCAGCAGAAAGCGCCAAAGCGAAAGUCCCCUCCCGGAACCGAAGCAGGACAAAGUUGAAUCGGUGGUGAUUCAGCGUAAAUCGGACAGCUGGAAGACGGUGCCGGCUGGCAAGAAACAAAAAAUUAACUCCAAGUCGUCGGAGGAACCUGCUGAAGUGAAGGAAGAUGUGCCGCCAGCACCAGCCGAUGUCACGCCGAAGCAACCAGAAGAGUCGGUACCUGAAGCUGCGAAACAACCCGAACCUACGAGCGAACCGGCGGCUAGCAAAGAGGCAGAGAAGACACCUACCGUAACAGAAAAGCCCGCAAGCGUAGCACCUGUUCCGAUGGCCCCAACAGAGAUCAAAACGGAAAUAGUCGACGAAGAACCUGUUGUUGAAAAGGCAGUCGGUGAAGCAACCCCCGCGGAGAAGGUCGUCACUGCUGAACCAUCCCAAAAAGAGGCGACAACCAGCAUCGUCCCCGUGAGCACUACCGAAAGCGCCCCUCAGCAGUUGCUUCCGAUCAAGCUGGAACCGCUGUCUGACGACGAAACGGAGCCCCAGGUCAUUCCCAGCGCAAGCGGGACGUCCCACCAGACCUUGAACCCGAACCAAGUUGUGAUCCGCACCGGCAAUCGAAUCAUGGUGAAAGAUAUCACCCGAAUGACGACCACCCAAAUUACCGCCCGUUCUGGUCAACCGGUGAUUCUUACGCCCGUCGAUAAGCCCAAAGGACUCAUGGCAAAGGUCAUGCCCAAGGUGCUGCCAGCCGGCGUUGCUGCCCAGCAAAAGAUGCGUCGCUCGUUCCCCACGAAUCAGCCGCAGCAAUCAACGAUCGCCACGAUUUCGCUCAACCGAACCAACCCCGGAGGAAGCAUGCCGUCGUCAUCGACGUCGGGACCGGCUCGAAAUGGUAACAACAUGAUGCACAUGGUUCACAUUCCAAGUCCGCUUCCCACGGCCAGCGAUCACCACCCUGUAACGGCAAACGGCGGUGGAGCGGCCAACUCUCAAUCUCCUUCAACGCGGCCACCCGCCCAGCAGACGCCCAACUGUGAUACAACCUCUUCGGAUGGCGCCACCGCGUCCACCUCGGCCACUGCCGGGCCUUCGUCGUCGACGACGGCGGCGGCAGGAACGUCAAAUCCUACGCCCACCACACCCGACGAUAGUCAACACAUGAUGGCGGGCUUCAUUACGCCCAGUCUGGCCGUUGCCGUCACCGAAACGAUCGUGUCCACACCACCGAAGCUGCAGUCACGCCCAAGCGGAGCGCUCCGCUCCGAAGGGGACUGCGUCUACCCGUCGGGGGCGGGACCCGUUUCGAAGAUUUUGAUCAACAAUUCCUACAAGAUGGCCGACUUUUUCCGCUCCGUCAUCGAGGACACGCUGGCCGACCUGUCCAACAACAGUGGCGCCCUGGAAGCCAAGGUUAAGGUGCUCGAGCUGGAAAUCGAAAAGCUUAAGCACUGCCACCAGCAGGAAAUCUCCAAGCUCAAGCACAACUCGGACCUGGUGCUGUGCGAGAUGCGCAAGAACAUGGACCUGGAGAAGACACGCCUCAUCAACGAGAUCCGCAAGCAGUGCGACAUGGAACGCAUCCGUUCCGUUGAAGAAGCCAAGAAGAAACAGUGGUGCGUCAACUGCGGCAAAGAGGCCCUCUUUUACUGCUGUUGGAACACCUCGUACUGCGACUACCCGUGCCAACAGCAGCACUGGGCCACCCACAUGAAUCAGUGCACCCAGAGUCAGUUCAACCUGCCGAGUACGGCCAUAGCCAACAAGCCGCAGCAGAACAUGCUCAACAGCAAAUUGAUGGCGGCGCAGCAGAUCACGACGCCCAAGAUUACCACCGUGCAAACGUUGAACCUCAACGGACGGUCCGGGCUGACGAUCCAGCCGGCGCAGCAACACUCGCAACAGCAGCAGCAGCAGCAACAGCUGAUUAUUACAUCCGCCCGGGGCGGAGCUCAACUUGGCAAAGGACAAACCUUCCAACGUUUGAUGAUCAACCCCGGAGGCAGCAGUAGCGGUGGCGGAAACAACACCAUCGUGAGCAGCGCCCCCAGCAACAGCAACAAGUGGAUCACGUCGAUCUGUUCGGCCGCAACGUCCCUGACGGUCGCAAGCAUUGGCACGCCACCAACGUCGGUUCCCCCUACUCCGGUCGGCAUAAUGGCCUCGUCCAGUGUGGUGGCGGCGGCCGUCCAGGGAGGGAACCUGGGCCGCCUACCCUCGACGAGGUUGUACAAAGAGGUGUAAUUUAUUUUUGUUAUGUUAAUGAUUUUAACAAAGUUCAACGAAUGGCAAUUUUGACAUAUUUUCCUACACGAGUAAAACUCAACGUUCAGUCUAGAGAUAUAUUUCAAAAAUCAGUCUACUUUGUACUAAAUGUUACAGCUUAAGUAAAUCGCAACGAUGAUUGAUGUACAUAUGGCUAAAACAAGGCAAAUAAAAGACAUUACU